AUGAUUGUUACCCAACAGGCUAGGAGUCUCCUACCUAGUCACAAGCCACCUACGUUUCCGGGAGAUGUUAUGUCAUACCCAGCAUUCAUAACAGCCUUUGAAACUCUCAUAGAAUCUAAGGUAGAUGAUUCUAAUGAGCGCUUGUACUACUUGGAUCAAUACACUAGUGGAAAGGCCAAGGAACUGAUAAAGGGUUGUUUACAAACGAAAGGCGAAGAUUCGUACAAGGAGGCUAGACGGCUUUUGAAGAAACAUUUUGGUGACCCAUACAAGAUUGCAAGUGCAUACAUCGCCAAGCUGUCGAGCUGGCCCGCUGUUAAGCCUAACGACGGAACAGGGUUACAAGAAUUUUCUAUUGUCCUUGAGCAAGCAAGGAACGCCAUGACAGGCAUGCAAUACAUGAACGACUUGAACACGGCCAAUGUUAUGCGCCAGUUAUGGGAAAGGCUGCCGCGAUAUCUACGUAGUAAGUGGACUGAAAGAGUUAGCAGGAUUAGGAGUGUCAAGGGACAGACAGUUAGCUUUAAUGACUUUUGCCAAUUUGUAUCAGAGCAAGCCGAUUUAGCGACAGACCCAAUCUAUUCCGAGGAAGGCAUAAGUAAACCGAUGAACGCAGUUGACAAGUACCACAAACAGAACGAACGCAAACCCAAGAGAGGAAGGGGUACCAACUUUGCAACAGGCCUGGCAGGAAAGAAUGCAGGUGGAGGAAAUUCUCACCCCAUCAGCUGUACAUUGUGCUCUAAGGCGCAUCAUCUGGACGAAUGUGCUGAGUUUCUUAAAAAACCGCUAGUGGAGCGGAGAAACUUUAUCAAACAGAAAGGCUUAUGCUUCGGUUGCUAUAGUUGUGAACACAUUGCUAAGCUUUGCAAAAGUAAAAGAACCUGUCAGAUCUGCAAUAAGAAACACCCAACGUCAUUCCAUGAUUACAGUUGGAAAUCAGAAGAGGCGAAAAUGGAAAGUGGAAACGGCCAACAUGAGAAAUCGGAAGCCAGUAAAAGGAAAACGGAAGAGCGAGUCGUUAACGUGUGUACUGCAAUUUGCAAUGUGACAGAUGCCGGUGAUGUACCAGUUGCUAUGGGUAUUAUCCCAGUAUGGUUGUACCACAAGGACAAUCCAAACAAUAAGAUAUGUGUUUACGCCCUCCUUGAUAAUGCCAGUGGUGGAACAUUCAUUAAGGAAGACUCGUUAAGAAGGCUUGGUGUUAAAGGAAGUGAAACCAAACUUUUGCUCACUACUAUGCAUGGUACCCAAGAAGUCGAUACUAAAGCGGUAGAUGGGCUAAUGGCUUCCCACUUUCAAGAAAACGACGUUAUCGUACCCCUACCGAGAACCUACGUCAGACAACGGAUUCCAGCAGAUCGUGAUGAGAUUCCUCGUCCCGAAGAGCUGCAAGGAUGGUCACAUUUGCAGAUGGUUAGGAAACACGUACCUCCUUACAUGGAAGACGUAGAAAUAGGACUCCUGAUCGGACUAAAUUGCCCUAGUGCAGUGCGACCAAGAGACAUUGUUUGCGGGAAUGAGAAUGAACCCUAUGCAGUAAGAUCACUACUAGGAUGGCACGUAAACGGUCCUGUUAACCAAAAGAGCAGUAAACAAGUACAUUGUAACCGUAUUCAGAUUCUUAAGAGCAACACAGAGGAUAACGUGAAUGGGUACAUCAUUGCUAAGACAGAGAUUAAGGAGCGGCUAACCCCUCAAGUGGUUUCCCGAAUGUUUGAGGUGGACUUUGCCGAAAGGGAGCACGGAGUCGCAUUAUCAAGAGAAGACCGUCAGUUCCUGAAGAUUGUAGAAGAUGGAAUCCAUCAUAGAGAUGACAUGCAUUACGAGAUGCCUCUGCCCUUUAGAGAAAAGAAUGUACAGCUACCCAAUAACCGUCCUCAAGCAGAGCAACGCCUGCACGGCCUUAAGAAGAGACUCCAAGGCGACGCAAGGUAUCGUGCUGACUACGUCAGAUUCAUGACUGAAAUCAUAGAGAAGGGAUAUGCUCGAAAGGUCAAGGUUGAAGAGCUACCCCAUCAAGAAGGAAAGGCCUGGUACUUACCUCACCACGGGGUUUACCACCCCAAAAAACCAGGCAGCAUACGCGUAGUAUUUGACUGUUCAGCUCGUUACCAGGGUGAAUCGCUGAAUGGCCACCUAUUGCAAGGGCCCGAUCUAACAAACAAGCUCACUGGGGUGCUCACAAGAUUCAGAGAGGAGAAGGUAGCCUUCAUGGCUGACAUAGAGAAAAUGUUUUUUCAAGUCAAGGUUCCAAGGGAAGAUCAGAACUUCCUUCGCUUCUUAUGGUGGCCAAAUGGAGAUUUAACUCAAGAGCCUCAAGAGUACUGCAUGACAGUGCACCUCUUUGGAGCUGGUUCAUCUCCAGGGUGUUCUAACUUCGCCUUGAAACGUACAGCCGAAGACGGUGAAAGAGAGUUUGGUGCAAAGGCUGCCGAAACAUUAAGGAAGAACUUUUACGUCGAUGAUGCUCUGAGUUCGGUACCGACAGAGAAGGACGCUGUAGAACUAGUACAAGCUGUUAAAGAGAUGUGUGCAAAGGGAGGGUUCAAACUAACGAAAUUUGUCAGCAACAGUAGAAAGGUGAUGAUGUCAGUACCUGCUGAAGACAGAGCUAAGGAGAUCAAGGGCCUAGACCUAGGUAGUGACAAGUUACCAAUAGAGAGAGCUUUGGGUGUAGAAUGGUGCAUUGAAUCGGACGCAUUCAAAUUCAGAAUAGAGUUGAAGGACAAGCCGUGCACCCGGCUGAUUGCGCCCGUCGUCCUUGUUGGAAAGCAGAUACUUCAAGAGAUCUGUCACGGAAAAGACUGGGACGAGUCAAUCGAGGGAGAAGUUCUUGCCAAAUGGGGAAGAUGGAGAAGUCAGUUACCGCUAUUAGAGCAGCUGAACAUCCCAAGAAACUUUCAGCCUCCUGAUUUUGGAAGCAUUGCCACUGCUCAGCUACAUAAUAUGUCAGAUGCGUCUCAAGUCGGGUACGGACAAUGUUCUUAUCUCAGACUGGUUGAUGAAAACGGAAGAAUUCAUUGUUCUCUUGUUAUGGGGAAAGCUCGUGUUGCACCGUUGAAGACAGUCACUAUUCCAAGACUUGAACUAACUGCCGCUACCGUUUCAGUAAGGGUUGCAAGCAUGCUAAAGGAAGAGUUAGACUAUGGCGGACUCCAAGACUUCUACUGGACCGAUAGUAAGGUUGUCCUCGGGUUCAUCAACAAUGAAUCUCAAAGAUUCCAAGUGUAUGUUGCAAAUAGAGUGCAAUUCAUCCGUGACCACACUUCACCAGACCAGUGGCGCUACGUGGAGUCUGGAUCCAACCCAGCAGAUGAAGCAUCGAGGGGGAUGAACGCUAAGGAGUUUAUGCGAAGGUCACAGUGGAUUAAGGGCCCAGACUUCUUGUGGCAGACGGAAGAUCACUGGCCUCAACAAGACUCAUACGAAAAAGAGGUCGACCACAAUUCUCCUGACGUUAAGGGGGUUACCGCUAACGCGACAGUGAUUGAAGAACAUGAAAACAUGUUAAGCAGAUUCAAAGGAUUCUCCAAGUGGCAAGUCCUAAAGGGCGCAGUUGCGCUUUGUAUGGAAUACAAACGACGUCUCAAGAUGAGAGCCAGUAAAACAGACAAGAGACCUGUAACUGUUGACGGUCCUCAAGUUAAUGGACGAAGCCGUGAAUGUGAAGGUUGCCCGGCUACUUCCUUUAUGGUCAGAGACCUUGAACAAGCAGAAACAGAAAUUCUCAAGCUGGUGCAAGCGAAUUAUUUCGAUAAAGAAAUCAAGAUUCUGAGAGAUUUCCAAACCCAGACCGGAAGUGUGCCUAAAGAUCGUCAUCAUGAUAAGGAAAGGAAAGCAGUUUUGAAGAAAAGUAGCAGCCUUAACGCCCUCGACCCAUACCUGGAUGCUAGCGGAAUGUUGAGAGUCGGAGGACGGAUAAGGAAGGCUAACCUCUCAGACAGUCUUAAGAACCCUGUCAUCUUACCGAAGGCUGGUCAUAUUACAGAGCUGGUCCUCUGUCACGCCCAUGAGAAAACUCACCACAGCGGAAGAGGUCUCACCUUAAACGAACUUCGUUCGAGUGGUUACUGGAUUAUCAAUGGAAAUGCUGCGGUCAGACACUUCAUAUCAAAGUGCGUCACGUGUCGACAUCUCCGUGGUACCUUUGGAGAACAGAAAAUGGCCAACCUCCCAAGUUCCCGUGUUGAACCCGCGCCACAGUUUUCAUACUGUGCAGUGGACUACUUUGGUCCGUGGUAUGUCAAAGAAGGCAGGAAAGAAGUUAAAAGGUACGGAGCCCUAUUUACUUGCUUGGCCAGUCGUGCGGUACAUAUCGAAGUAGCCCACUCCAUGGAAACAGAUUCAUUCUUACAAGCAUUACGGCGCUUUACCUGUCGUAGAGGACCCAUAAGAGAACUUCGCAGUGACCAAGGGACUAAUUUUGUUGGGGCCGAAAACGAGUUAAAGGCAGCACUUCAAGAAAUGGAUGAUGAGAAAAUCAAGGCAGAGUUGCUUAAGGAGAACAUUGAUUGGAUCAGAAAUCCUGCUACUGCAAGUAAUUUCGGAGGCGUUUGGGAACGACAAAUUCGGUCCGUGCGGAACAUCAUGGCAGCACUUAUGAAACAGCAUGGUCACAGCUUAAACGACGAAUUGUUGCGAACUUUGUUAUGUGAAGCUGAAGCUGUUGUCAACAGUCGUCCUCUGACUACCGAGACCUUAAGUGAUCCGCUCUCACCGUUGCAACUAUCGCCAAGUACCCUUCUCACUGGUAAAACCAAGCUCAUUCUCCCCCCUCCAGGAAAGUUUCAACGAGAAGAUACUUACUGCAAACGUCGCUGGAGGCGCGUACAGCAUAUUGCUAACGAAUUCUGGAAUAGAUGGAGUAAAGAAUAUCUUCAGAUCUUACAGUUGAGACAAAAGUGGACACACAAGAGAAGAAACUUCACGGAAGGCGACAUUGUUCUAUUAAAGGACAACAAUUCUUGUAGGAAUAAGUGGCCUAUGGCUAAAGUGCUUACCACACGUCGUGAUGAUGAAGGCCAAGUCAGAUCGGUGACUGUUCAAACCGGAACUGGAUCAGUAUUGGAUCGACCAGUCAAUAAGCUUGUGCUGUUGCUAGAGUCACCUAAGGAUAGACCGGGAAUCCCCGACGAGGAGCCUGAGGAACUGUAA